CGGUUAUUCGAACUCAACCCGAAUUCUACCCACAACCAGACUUUUUCUCGACUGGGAAUCACGUUGAAAACCGCGAAGUUCAUCAAAGUGGUCGCAGGCAUAAAAACGGCGAUAGUCCUCCGGAAAGCGAACCAGCUGGCGCACGGCACCUGUCGCCUCCGGAACACACCGGGGAACGCAGCAGGGCAUUUCUGAAACGAAAUUCCGGACGCGAUUUAAUGCCCUGCUGCGUCACCGGGUGCCCCGGAAGCGUCCGACUGGUUCAGUUUCCGUCCGACAGCGUACUCCGUCGACGCUGGCGCGAUGUCAUCACGCUUGCGGCCGGAACCGGCCCGACCGUGGAGGAGCAUUCGCUGGAGCUGUGCGAAGACCACUUUGAACGGGAUUCGAGUCCUGCGGAGCGCUACCGCGAACCGACGCGGUUCAGCGAUCGAUCAGGACAUCCGGUGGAGCUCGGCAGCUGUCGGUUGUGCCACCGGUUCGAGGUCGCUUCUCGAUUGUACUCGCUGGAUGGACCGAUGGCCGAUGUGGCCAUCGGGACAGUUCUGCGUGAAUCGUUUAAGGUUCAGCUUGGUGAUGACGAUUUUCUACGGUUCAUCUGUGGGGUCUGUUUGACCCAGGUUGGAAUGGUUCUGACCAUACAGAAGUCGUUCCUCAUCAAGGGAGAUCCUGGCGUUGAAAAUCGGGACAGAACCGACCCGCUAGCGGAAGUGACCUGCUGCCGGCUGUGCCAUCGUUACGAACCAACCAAUACGAUGUGCUUCCUGGAUGACGACCUGACGGAUGGUGUGACCAUCGGUUCGACGCUGAACGCGAUCCUCCAGUCGGAAGACGACUUGGCGCAGCUCAUCUGCUUGAACUGCUUGGCAAAGAUCGAUUUGAUGAGAAGCGUUCAGAGCUUCUUCGUCGGUAAGGAUGAAGAGUUUCGGGGUUGGCAACGGGAGGGUCUGGUCACCGUGGAUCUGGACUGCCAUCCAGAGCUGCUGCUCGAGGUUAAGGUGGAGCCGGUUGAGAUUCAGGAGACGGCGAGGAAGGGUAGAAAGAGGAAGGCGAAAGAGAAAGAGCCAAAGAUGGUCAAAGAAAAGCCGAAGAUUGAGUGCAAGAUCUGCAACAAGAAGUUUGCGAAAAAUCACAGUCUUAAUUUCCACAUGCUGAUUCACACGGGCGAACUUCCGCACAAGUGCUCUCAUUGCGAUGCCAGCUUCCGGAUGAGUACGGAGUUGAGCAAGCACGUAAUGGGAGUUCAUGAGGGUAAGACAGCGUACGAUUGUAAGGAGUGCAAUGUUCCGCUGGCAACGAAGACGGAAUACUACCGGCAUCGCAAAACGGCCCACGCAACAGGUUACAAGAGAGUCGCUGUUUUGUACCGAUGUCUGGUAUGCGAAAAGUCCUGUAAGAGUGUUGGCGAGAUACGCAAUCACAUUGAGGCGCUUCACGCGGAGAACUAUCCGUACCUGGAGUGUCCAGAAUGUCCAAAGUCACAGCUGACGUGCGCUGCUCACGUCAAAGUUCACGGGUACUACAAGCAUCCAGACAAUGGAACCGUUGAACGAUUCCCUUGCGAUACGUGCGGCAAAGACUUUGACAAGAAGACACUGCUGCAGAAACACGUGCGAGCUGUGCAUUCGGAACCCGGAACUAGCAAGGAAUAUGCCUGCUCACAAUGCGACAAAACCUUUCGCUUGUACUCAACGUACCACCGGCACAAGGGCACUCACACUGGAAUCAAGCGGUACGCUUGUACGAUCUGCGAGCAGACCUUUAGUCAGCCAACCAGCCUGAAGUACCACAUGCGGAACGUUCACACCCUGGAAAAGCCGUUCCGCUGCGAAGACUGUGGAGAUUCCUUCCGUCUCAGCUCCGCCUUCAACAAGCAUCGAGACAAGUAUCACUCCCCGAACGCCGUCGUCGAAGACAAGGUUGCCUGUCCGACCUGCCUCGAGGAGUUUCUCACCAAGUCACUGCUCCAGCAGCACGUGCGUAGCGUCCACGAGGAGCGGAAAGAGUUCGCGUGCCUUGAGUGUGGCAAGGUUUACAAAAACUUUGCCAAUCUCAACCGGCAUCGGGAUUCGCACAACGAGACGCGCAAGCAUCCGUGCAGCUUUUGCGACAAAUCCUUUACGCAGCAGAUUUCCCUCAACAAUCACAUCCGGAACCGGCACACCGGCGAAGAGCCGUUCAUGUGCGCCGAUUGCGGCGAAACCUUCAGGGAUAGCUCCGUGUUCUACAAGCAUCGUGCGAAUCAGCAUCCGAACCAGCAAGCCGGUCAAACAUUUCCGUGCGAAACGUGUGGCGAGCAGUUCGCACAGAAACCGCUUUUACUGAAGCAUCGUCGGAGCGCCCAUCUGAGCCAGCUCGUCUGUCCGGAGUGCGGCAAGCUGUUUAGCAGCUCGUCUACGCUGAAUCGGCACCUGGAAACGCACAGCGACACCCGGAAGUACGGCUGCUCGUUCUGCGAGCUGUCGUUCACGCAGCAAACCUCGCUCAAGAACCAUGUCCGGAACCGGCACACCGGGGAAACUCCGUUCGGCUGCGACAAGUGCGGGGAAGCCUUCCGGGAUAGUUCGAAGUUUUACAAGCACCGGGCCAAGUGCCGGGUGGAGUCGGUGGAGGUCGCGGUUAAGACGGAACCGGAAAAUCCGCUGGGGGAUGAUCCGUGUCCGUGAACUUUGGACAGUCAUUGAAUAAACCAUAAAAUAUAAACAAAA